UUGAUCCUAAUUUUCAAUAAACUAAAUUGAAACCCUAAUUUUGAAUUACCUGUGUACUUUUACUCCGAGUGAUUCUUAGUUAACCCAUCGGCUCAGGCAAGAUGUACGGAUCCGAAAGAGCCGGCGACGAUGUAGAGCGAACUGCUUUCAGGAAGUCAAAGAAGAAAUACAAGCUUUAUUACGAAAAUAAUCCAAAAUCCUCCAAAAAGAAGAAGCAACUUAAACAAGUCGAUUUAUCAGAGGUUUUGGAUUUCAAAUUUAUCUCUGAGUUAUUCAAUCUGAAAGGUGAACUUCCUCCGGGAGUUGUACAUGUAAGUUGUGGAUUUGAUCGUUCAGUUUUUGGCUUGGAAAAUCUCCCUGGGUUCUAUUUUAUUCCCGGCGCAUUAACCUUGGACGAACAAUGUAAAUGGAUAAGGGAAAGUUUAAUGAAAUUUCCACAACCUCCAAACAGAACAAACCAUAAUGUUAUUUAUAGGCCUAUAAGUAACCUGUUUUCUGCGGCGAAGGAAGGUAAAGUUUUCGUGGAGGAAAGGUCCAAUAAUGAUUUGGAUUCUGAUUCAAGUGCUUCUGUAAGCAAUGGGGAGUCUCAUAGAUGGAAGUUUUACGAGGAAGGCAUCUCACGAUCAAGGGGAAAGACUUGCAAAUUGGUCCCUGCUUCUGUUUUGCUUCGAAAGCUACGGUGGAGUACCCUUGGCCUUCAAUUUAACUGGUCCAAUCGGAACUAUGAUGUGUCUUUACCUCAUAAAAAAAUACCUGAUGCACUCUGUCAGCUUGCUAAAAGAAUGGCUGCGCCUGCGAUGCCUAUUGGAGAAGAGUUCCUACUGCAGGCUGCAAUUGUCAACUAUUUUGGGUCAGGUGAUGCACUUGGUGGUCACCUAGAUGAUAUGGAAGCAGAUUGGAGUAAACCUAUUGUAAGCAUGAGUUUUGGCUGCAAAGCUAUUUUCCUUCUCGGAGGAAAGUCCAGAGAGGACGAACCAUUAGCAAUGUUUCUCCGAAGUGGCGAUGUAGUACUCAUGGCAGGAGAAGCAAGGGAAUGCUUUCAUGGUGUGCCUCGCAUAUUCACAGACUGAGAAAAUGCCGAAAUAACUCAUCUCGAAUCCCAGUUCUUGGAUGAAGACGAUCGUUGUUUCCUAGACUAUAUAAGAACUUCAAGAAUCAACAUCAAUAUCAGGCAAGUCUUUUAAUUUUAUUUUGAG